AUGAACCACACUUGGACAUAUAACCUGAGCUUUGGUGCACCUACAGAUCCUGUUGAGCCAAGAGCUGGACUGUCACGAAAUGGGCACACAGUAGUAGCUGUUUUUCUUGGAUUUAUCUUGUUUUUUGGUUUCCUGAAUAACUUGAUUGUCCUCAUCCUCUUCUGCAAGUUUAAAACCCUCCGUAACCCUGUCAACAUGCUCCUCCUGAACAUCAGUAUCAGUGACAUGUUAGUCUGCAUCUCAGGCACUACCCUGAGUUUUGCAUCUAACAUCCAUGGCAAAUGGAUUGGAGGGGAGCAUGGUUGUAGGUGGUAUGGCUUUGUCAAUUCCUGCUUUGGCAUCGUGUCCCUGAUCUCCCUGGCUGUCCUGUCCUACGAACGCUACAGCACCCUCACCCUGUGUCACAAGCGCAGCGAUGACUAUCGGAAGGCAUUGCUGGCAGUUGGCGGUUCCUGGCUUUAUUCCUUGCUCUGGACUGUGCCACCUCUGCUUGGAUGGAGCAGUUAUGGGAUAGAAGGUGCAGGCACCAGCUGUUCGGUGCGUUGGUCCUCUGAGUCAGCUGAGUCCACAUCCUAUAUCAUCUGUCUCUUCAUAUUCUGCUUGGUCAUCCCUGUAAUGGUCAUGAUGUACUGCUAUGGUCGGCUCCUUUAUGCUGUCAAACAGGUUGGAAAAAUCCACAAGAACACUGCUCGCAAAAGAGAAUACCACGUACUGUUCAUGGUGAUCACUACAGUUAUCUGUUACCUUGCAUGUUGGAUUCCCUAUGGAGUUAUAGCACUACUUGCAACAUUUGGUAAGCCAGGUGUGGUGACUCCUGUUGCAAGCAUCGUACCUUCCAUCUUAGCAAAAAGCAGUACUGUUUGCAAUCCCAUUAUCUACAUACUUAUGAAUAAGCAGUUUUACAAAUGCUUUCGCCUGCUUUUCCACUGUGAACCUCCUUCCUCAACUGAUGGAGAGCCCACCUGCCACUCCAAGGUAACUGUUAUCCAGCUGAAUCAGAGAACAGACGGUGGAAAGUUGUGCAAUAAUGAACCACGUCCAGAAACAGACAAUAAAGUCACUUCUCUCCUGCACCCAGAGUCAGGCCUGGAGCCAGCUGCAAAAACUGUACCACCAGUGUAA